AUGAAAAUCUUGGGUUGUCAUGCUCUGCUAGCACUUGGGCAAGACAACAAAAUUGGAGGGAUCUAUUUUACGAUGUGUGUCCUGGUCAUAUGCAAAACUAAAACUCCCCACUGGUUCAUGUGUGACAUAGACAUGUUGGCGAGUAAGGCAUUCAUUUGGGACAGCCUGAAAACACCACGCGGGAAGGAUGUGAAAGAUUUCCGUGUACGAGCUGCUUCUGAAAUGUUAAGAACACUUGAUGAUCUUCUCCAAGUGGAUAUGGCUCUGGAAUUAGGAGAGAAAUUUAACUUUGCAUCACUUCCCCUAGAUUACGCAAGACGAGUGCCGCAGCAAGAUAAUGGGGUAGAUUGUGGAGUAUAUGUAAUGAAAUUCAUGGAACAUUUCUUCAAUAGAGGCAAUGUUGCUGAAAUUGAUGUUGAGCAUGUAACCAGUCAAGACAGGUUUAAUAUCAUGAUGAAUCUAAUUCAGCAUCCAAAAAAUGAGUGUAAGGCUACUGUUUUGGCAGAUGUUGCUGAGAUGUAUUCAGUUAACAAUGUCUUAGAUGUUCCCCCAUCUACUCCUAUGUUUAUGCCUUGA